ACGCUGCAUCGGACAAACUGCGAACAAUCAAAAUUUACACGAAACGUUAACCCGUGUCUAGAAAUAAUAAUGACGAAAGGGCGCGAAAAGCAAGGGACAUUUCUGAAAAAGUAGACUUUAUAUAAUUCUAUAGUUUACCCAGCGAUACAAUUAAUUUUUCGUUUAAAUGGUAGAUACGUGUCUAAGAACAGCGUGUUAGGAAAUAGAUACAGCUGGAAUUUUAUCGAACAUGAACCCUGCAUCACAGAAUUCAAUAACUGCGGAUAAUAAGAUUUUACAUGAAGCAUUUAUCUGUAUAUACAAGUUAUAUAAUGAUAGAGCACGAGACAAGGAAAAGACAUUUUACGAAAAGUAAACAUUACACAAUUCGAUUGAUGAUCUUGCGAUAUAAUUAAUUUUUUCUGUACAUGGUAGAUAUAUAUUUCUAUGUGAAGAAAAGGUCGUUAAGAAAGAGGAAUUAAGCGAACGUCUAUGUAUAUUAAAAAAAAACUUAAAACUUUUAACGUGUUUCACGUUUCGUGUGAUCACGCGUGAAAUCUAUGUUGGCGCCAUUUUAACCCCUCGAGUCCAUUUCAGAAUAAUUUACUUUAAAGCUACCGAAAGAACACUCCCUUUAUGAAAUGUUUACGUGGAACUUUAAAUGACACAAAUUUUAAUAACAAAAUUACAAUGAUCGUACGUCGCCGAGUGAGUUAACUGUUACAAUCGAGAACUCAAUUUCAAUAAAAAACACAACAUUUUAAAUCGUCAACGCGACGAAGAAUGCCAACUAUAUGUUCAUCAUCGAGUGUAUGUAGCCAAGAACUCAACUAUAAUAAACACAUUUUACAUUUUCUACGCGACGAAGAAUGCCAGCUAUAUGGUCAUCGUCGGAAAGACCGAUAUCCGUUCGCACAGUGUGGGUGGACGGUAUCAGACACGCGAUUUUGUCACCGGACGAUCCUCUGGUAGAUACUGAAUCGCGACGACGAUCUCGUUCAUCCAGAAAUAAAAGUUACACCACGAACUAUCAGCACCCCGAAUCGGAAUUGAAUCAUCUGAACAACUGCUUCGCGAAUCUGCACGUGGUCGUUGGCAACAACCAUCUCGAGAGCAAGACGUCCUCGCAGGUGUAUCGCAAACUAUCUGCGCCUCCUUAUCCUCGAAUGACUACUCCGACGUUUAAUACUGAAGGAGAAUCCUCGUUCGACGACAACGGAAAAGUUGAAAAGGUUCAUCGAGAUCGUCGAAUUGGGAAACGAAAGGAUGGAACUCGUGGAAGAUCAGCAGAAUCGGAGCGCGAUUCUAAGCCAAACAUAAUGGAGUGCAAACAGGCGCAGGGAACGCUCGAUACUUUCUGGAAUCCGUUGUUCGAAAGGGUCCUCCAAUGGCUGGAUUUGUCGGGAAGAGCUCAGAGCUACGACUUCGAGGAGGACUCGGUGGAAAGUUCGCCCCGCGACGAGGAGAGAAAAUGGAGUCCUGUUAAAAGAAGGUUUCCGCGUUUCAAGCGCGAGUCCUUCGUGGAAAGGGAACGGGUGGCUAUACAGAAUUACAAAUUAUACAAGGAGCGUAAUCCUGAGCACGUUGGAAGCGAAGAGAAUAAGGUAAAAAGGUUGCCUAAGAUAGAGUGUACGAGAGAAGAGUGUUCAGAAAACGGCGAAACGUCCUCGAGUCUUUUGAAACCGUGCGUGAAAUCGAAGGAACACGUGAGAAACAAAGUUCAAACAGAAAGAAAAGCGUCGUCGAUGUGGUCUCCUCCUGGACGCCUUCAGCUGCACAUAAUGAUGCCGAAUCUCGUUUGCGAAGAGAACGCGUCUUCGCUAGAAUCAUUAAUCAACGAUUAAAGAAGCGAGAAUACUCGAGCUAUUAUACUCGACGACUACGUUCGCAUGUAACAUCGUAGCCGUUCUGUAACUCGUAUCAAACUUUUUACGCGUAGCGUGUUUCGAAACGAACAUUACUUUCUGCCAUGAAAGCCGACUUGUUCGCGUAAACCUCAUCCGUAAAGACAAUUUCGUAAGUCGACUUAGAUUAGUCGAACGUUUCAAUGCUUUAGUGGUCUCUAGGGGUAGAAAAAAUGGCGUACGUUCUUCUAAUGCUGACGCCGCAAAGGUAAUUAUAGUUCUAGUUCUAAUUUUCAAAGUAAUAUUUGUCUGGUACAGUAAACAAUACAAUUAAACAGUAAUGCUCGUACCGACAACUUGCAGUUUUUGUUUAAAUUUUUCGAACUAACAAGCGUUGAAUGUACUUUUAUUUUAAAGUAUCGUUAUAAUUCACUGAAAAUAACAAACACGAUGCUUUUUUUUUAGAUUGCUAGUAAUCGUAUUACUAAAUUAAAUGGAAAGUGUCAAUAACUGGGUCAGCGUCGAGAUUAGAUUCCUUACUAUAACUUACCU